AUGGUAGUGCUAAUGCUAGUUUAUGCUCUCAUGGGCGUCGUCCUCUUCGGUUCCGUCAAAUUCGGGGACAAUCUCGGCCGACACGCCAAUUUCCACAACGCAUUUCGUGCAAGCAUCCUUCUGUCUCGAAUCAUAACAGGAGAGGACUGGAACAAAAUAAUGCACGAUUGCAUGAUUCAGCCACCAUUCUGCAAACUGCGCGAGACUUUCUGGGAGACGAACUGUGGGAACGCGCAAGCUUCGCUUGCCUACUUUUGCUCUUUCUACGUCAUCAUCACUUAUGUUAUGCUUAAUGUUUUAGUUGCUAUUAUCAUGGAGAAUUUCUCGCUCUUUUACUCGAACGAUGAGGAUGCUAUAAUGAGCUACAGCGAUAUACGAAACUUUCAACAAGCAUGGAACAUAAUAGACGUUCAUCGCAAGGUAAUUCAGUUAAAAAAACUCUUAACAAGUUCCCUUUUUCUGGCACGUUAA